AUGCUGUAUAGCUCCUGCAUUACGGCCGCCGUUGCCGUGUUUGGAAAGCAGUAUCGUCGGAGAGUAGCAACACUUGCGGCGCAGCCGCAAGUGUUGUGGACAAAUUGCAGGCAGCGUUGCUCCCUUCUAUCACACAGACCUCCGGCCUUUAGUUCUUCAUCUCCGCCUUGUCGUUUAUCCCCUGUCCGCUUUGCGUCAUAACUUUUCCCGGCUUGGAGUCGUAUGAGGUCGAGGAGCCAUCCCCGCGACUUUCCGAAUACCAGACUCUGCAAUCGAUGGAGGUAUCAGAAGAAGAUUUGCAUGAGUUUUCUAGAAAGGAAUCAAUGACUUCAUCAGUUCCACUCUCAUUGUGGCUUACCGCGUGGCCCGGGCAGUGUUCAUUGUUUUGCAGUGGUCUGGAUUGAGCCAGGCCUUUGAGCUACCGAUUGACGUUAACAGGGGCACGUCUGCUGUUCUAGCUAUCAUCGUUCUCAGUUUUUUCUCGCUCCCUCUCUUUGCUCCCGAAGUAAUCCAUGAACGUCCCUUUUCUGACACGUCGGCAGCGCAAACACGUCCCAAACCGUCUUUGUUCGAGGCUCCAGGCGAUCGCUGCUUUUCCUACCUCUGCUUCGGUACUUCGCAUUAGCUGGUUGAGGUGGCCUUACCCUCCUCGUAGAGGCGACCUUCUUAGUGCAUAAUCGCUUGUAUCUCAAUGCCGUGUCGGCUAUGGUCAAGUUCGAUCCGGAGAUAGUCAGUCGUGUCGUGCGCAGCUACGUCAUUGUCUUAUCGGCUGGCAAUACGGCUGCACGACUCUUCAUCCGCAGGGUGAUGGAUUGGAGCGAGACUACUAUCGAACGGCACAUGUGAAAGUAUGAUAUCACCCUCAUCGAUUCCGUCGUCAUAUCCGUUCGCACUACUCGCUAUAGCUUUCGCAAGGUCUUGGGUUUUGUGUAUUUCAAUUGCUCUGGUAGGAUUUUGUUAUGGUGCAUGGUUUUCAAGUACGCCUGCUCUCACGACCCUUUGGUUUGGGGUGCCGCAGUUUCCGAGGAAUUUGGGAUAAGUUUCUUCCUUUAUAGUUUUGGGGUCUGCAACCCUAGCAAGCACCAUUCCUUUGUAUUUGCACUCAGCGUUUGGGGAAUGGACUUCGUUGCCAGUUGUUGGGGGUCUUCCAAAUGAGGCACAUUGUUUGUACAGGAUUGAUGUGUACGAUUCCAUCGUUUUGCAUGCUAGCGGCUAUUCAGGCGAAUAUGGCCAUCGAUUGCGCUCAUUUGUACAUGCCAAGAUGGAAAUCUGUACGCAUUGAGAUUGACCGUUGAUUGCAAAUAGUUUUACCGUAUUAGUUCAUGGUGCUGUGUCAUAGCCAAGCAUCGGCGAUUGUAUUUCUGAAGGAAUGUAGAGUUUUGUAGAGUAAGAUGGCAACUUUUGUAAAGGAAAGCACUGCAAA